AUGGAGUAUUUCCACAGACUCCUCCAUAAAAUGCAAAAAAAUCCUGAUUUCAAACAUCAUCAUAAAUGUAAGGAGCUGCAACUCACCAAUAUCACCUUUGUUGAUGAUGUUCUUAUGUUUGUUAGGGAUGAUACACAAUCUGUUAGGAUGCUGCUGCAAGUGAUCCAGGAUUUCUCUUGUUCAACUGGAAUGGUGGUAAACCCAAGGAAAUGCAAGGUUUACAUUGGAGGUGCUGAUGCUAACACUUGUCUUAGAAUUAAUGAUUUGACUACUUUCCAAGAGGCCACUCUACCCUUCAAGUAUAUGGGUAUUCCUAUGUCAAGCAAGAGGUUAGAUAUUCACCAAUUCUGUCCUUUAAUUGAUAGGAUUACAUCUAGAAUUACCCAUUGGAGUAGUAGACUUUUGAGCUAUGCUGGGAAAGUACAGUUAGUAAAAAGUGUGUGUUUCUCUACUGCUAACUAUUGGCUUCAAUGCCUAUCUCUACCUAAAAAUGUCAUUCAACAUAUAAAUCCAAGUGGCCAAAAUCUUUUUGGGUAUUGUGUUUUAAAAAUACUCAAUGGGUUUUUAAAAUGUUAA